AUGUCGAUGUUCCGAUCAGCAGCAGAAAUAUCAUCCUCGGAAUCCGAUACCGACUCUGAUCCAGAAGAAACCCAAAUCCAGGAAUCCGGGUCUUCAACUCCUCGACAUGCUGCAGAAAAUCAAUCCCGCAGCCCGAGAAGGGACAAGACCAAGCAAGUUCCGAAAGACUCAAGUUCUACAGACCCAGACUCUUCGAUCUCUUUCGAUGAUAGAUCAACAUUACCACAGGAUCUGGUUGAUGUAAAUGUUGAUCAGCAUGCGAAUUUGAUGACAUCCGCACUGCUGGAAUAUUACUGUCAGAGUCGAGCAGCAGACAUUCUCAAUGCUCAACGUGGCUCAAAUAAACCUUUCAGUCGGCACAGCCCCGAGGCUCAAUAUCUUGGCAAGAAACUAUAUAAAUUUAAAUCACAGUUCUUGUCAGCUCACGGUAUCUUGGCCGAAGGCAUUGACAGAGAGGAAAUGGGACCAAGUAGGCAGAGUUAUCGGGAUAACCUCGACUUGCUUGGUAUAUCUGCCCUCGAGGAGAUGAAUUUCCAUGACACCCACACACGGUCUCCCGCAAUCGGCUCUGGGGCAGAUCUCUCCUCAAACACAAAAUCUUUGACAAAGAGACCCAGCGUUGAGGACAUGGAGAGUCCCAUUCUGUUCCGGCGGAACACAGAACCAAAUGCACCGCUUAGGAAACAGCUCCCCCCUGCUGACAAGGUGGAUUUCAUUCCAGCUCUUCCCCGUGUGACAAUGAACCUCUCCAACCCCUCGAUUCCGCUAUUUGGUAGCUCGCCUGUAGGGGUUCCACUUUUCCAUUCCCCAACAGCCCCACCAUAUAACCAUCUGUCAAGAUAUUCUGUCGAAUUCCAGGAGCUCAAGAUAUUGGGCCGUGGGUCCUUCGGCGAAGUAUACCACGUCACCAACCACAUUGACGGACAAGACUACGCCGUCAAGAAAAUCCCUCUCAGCCAAAGGAGGCUUGACCAGCUACAGUUUGGAGGUCAAAAUCAGCUCGAGACUAUCAUGAAGGAAAUUCGAACACUUGCCCGCCUUGAGCAUACGAAUAUUGUUCGAUACUAUGGGGCAUGGGUCGAGCAGGCCCAUCAUUCCCACCCACCUUCCGCCGAAUACCACCCUUCUCACACAACAUAUGAUAAGUCACAAAAUAGCUUGUCUUCUCCAGAUAUUCAAAAUGAGUCAAGCAUGGGGAUCGUCUUUGGAUAUUCUGAAUGUUCAAAUUCCGAAUCCCAGUCAAGCUCUCUGCCUGAAGAUCAUAGUUUUACUGAGAGCAUCCACCGUUCGGAUAGCCACGCGACUAGCUCAUCCCACCAGUCAAAGAAAGGCUCGCGCAGGGGAUUGUAUGAAGAAGAUGAUGAUGUUGAAUCAAUUCCUCGCAAUUUUGACGGGAAUACUUCUGUUGGCCAAACAUCAACCUUUGGGGAGACCGACGACAUCUUUACUGAUGGUCUGAGCCAAGAUCAGUCUAAACUUCAAGUUCAACCCCGUUACCGGCCUGGCCAACAACCACCCGCCGUCAUUCUUCACAUCCAGAUGUCACUUCAUCCUAUUUCGCUCGGCGCGUAUCUAAAUCCCCAAGUCGCCCCGAAGUAUGAUGAAUGCUCACUCGCCAGGCGUCAUUGCUUCCACCUACUGCCCUCACUGAAGCUCAUGAUGGACAUUGUUUCGGGUGUUGAGUACCUUCACUCAAAGGGUAUUGUGCAUCGUGACUUGAAGCCUGCAAAUAUCUUCCUAUGCGCACCAGAGAACAGCACAGCAGACAUAUGUAUCGCUUGCAGCUCCGGCGAAGCUUCUCCUGUCCAGUUCUGUCGUCCUCGCAUCGGGGACUUUGGUCUUGUGGCAGAUAUCUCCCACAUCAACGAGGAGGCCUCGCAGGGCACUAUGACACCAUACCGAGAAGGACCGAAUAUACAACGGGUAGUUGGAACCGAGUUCUAUCGUCCUCCGGCCAAUCUUUCUACGCCUACAAGUGACCCAAGCUCACCAGUUGAUUACUUUGAUGAAUAUAAGAUUGAUGAAAAGCUCGAUGUUUACGCGCUUGGCGUCAUUCUCUUCGAGACUGUUUAUCGCUUGAACACAAAGAUGGAGAGACAAUUUGUUCUAAGUGAUCUGACUCGCGGGUCAGGCCAGGAUCCGUCCGAGCGCACUCUUUUCCCUGCAGACUUCGCCGCCAAGAUCGAUCAUGGCUCGACCGUGCUGGACGAUGGCAUCUCAGUUGCGGAUGCUCUCAUGAAAUGUAUCAAAAGAAUGUUGGAGCCCAAAUCGCAACAGCGAUGGACAUGCCAGGAUGUCCAGGAGCAUUUGCGGGCGAUGAAGAAGGCCAUUCGCCGAUACGAGAAAACGCAGGAAUGA